AUGGAUCGCUAUGGGCCAGAAGUUUGUGACAUCCCCCAAGACUAUCAAGGUUAUGACAAAGUUCUUGGACUUUGCCUUUGUCAAGUGGGCAACACAUGUGGUCUCCGGUGCCGACAACCGCAAAGAGGCAUUUUGAAAUUCUUUUGUGAAGACAACCGAGCCCGAUUUUCCAUCGUGUACAAAAAUGGCAGGCAGGUUGAUAUUUUUUGGGAAGAGCUAGCAGCUUCUUUGCAAGGACUCGGUUUCCAUGCUCAAAAUCUCUGUGCCUCAGAGACCCAAGAGCCCCAGCCAGUCUACGUGGUAAAGACAAAUGGAAGGGGAUUUAUAGGUGUGAACGAUCCUGAACCAGAAAUACUACAACAUCUCUUUGCAACACAAAGCCAGAUCCCAUCAGCUUCCCCAAGUGAUUUGUGGGCUGCAAAGUCCUGGGAGAUUUCACGGACUUCUGCCAAAAGUGGUUUUCGAUUUUCCCAGCCAGAACCUGCCAAUGCUACACCGAAGAGCACGUUAACUGGCAUUCUUAACCCAACGGUGUGCCUCCAAAUGCACGAGAGGCUCAUGUUCAUUGUUUCUAAAGACCACUACCCUGUUUAUGAUGUCAAUAAUUUAUACAAUACAAACCAAGAUUUUGACUGGGGUGCUUUCCGCAAACUCGCAGAGGAAAUGCGAUUGGCUUCCACUUCAACCAGCUUUUUCUUCUUCCUAUUCCAACUCUACGAUCCUGGCACUUACAUCUUGAGGCUGAGUAGCAAUCAGCACAAAAAAAUGUAUAUACGAAUCCUGCCAUUUGGUGGACAAUGUUACGAAGAAGGACCAUUCUACCCAACAACUCCCGGUUAUGUUGUUCAAGUAGGCAUCGCAAAGAUCCCAGCUCUAGUUCUGAAACCCGAUUGGCCGGCAAUCAUUGGAAUAACCAUCGCCCUCGUCUUCCUCAUCCUCAUCUAUCUCGUGCUGAUUAUUCUUUGCCAAGCUUUUGGAUGGGCCAACAAAGGAAGUUCCACUCCUCAAUUCCGAAAAUUGCAGUUGAAAUAUAAUCUGGAUAAAUAUUCAUCCAGAGAAUCCAAAAUUCUGGUCAUCCGGAAAUAUCAAUCUGGCACACAAGCAAAGGGGUGUUUGGAGAAAAAUUCCAACCAGGUGGAAAGAAGAGAAGACCAGUGCAAACUAUGGGACUCUGAAGACCUCCUAGACCUUGACUCCUUCAACACCAAUGUGUUUUUCGAAAUUCUGCUUACCCAAUCUCUGGCUGUGACAACCAAACUAAGUCAGUUUAAAGAAGAGCUGAAAUCCAUAUACUUCAAACUCCUGGAGGAAUUGGCCUCCCUCCGAGAUCUUUGGGUAGCCAAAAUGUGCAUUCCCGAUGGAGGAAAACCUUGCAGUGAGGCUCUAGUGGGAGAUUACAUGAAAGUGAAAGAAGAGGCGGAAGAGGAAAUUAGGUGCAGAAAGCAUCGGGCAGCAGAAUACGAAGAGAGUUUGAACAGGCAGAUCAACCUCUUGACUCAGCAUCUGAAGCAUGAGGAGGAACACUGGGUGGCCUUUAAUUCUGCUCUCCAGGACGUUGUGAGGCAGGUGGAGAUGUUGGAUGAGCUGGUUUCUGGAGAAGAGCUUGGUUCAAAUUCUAAACCGGAGCACUGGAGGUUGUUGAACCUCAUAGAUGCUGCAAUCAAGAAGCUCACCAGCACGAUGGUUAAGGAGACCCAUCGGCUCACGCAGUGGGGUCUUCUUGGAGAAGGAACAGGAGCAGGCCUUCUGGACAAAGAGAAGACCAGGGUGCUCCCCAAGGACGAGCUUGUUGGUAAAAGGGAACCCCUUAAAAGUUUGCAUUUUUAAAAAGUGGGGCUUGCUUUAUCAAUGUUGCUCUCCUAAGGACUUUAGCUGAUAAGGGUCAUAGUGCAGAA